GAGCGGCUGACAUUGUCGGGUGUCGGUGUCUUGGCGUCCGGGUGACUCGGCGUGAUUGCGUCUGGUGUCUUUGCAUUCGCUAACAGGUCAAAAUGCAGAUCUUCGUGAAGACCCUGACCGGCAAGACCAUCACCCUGGAGGUGGAGCCCAGUGACACCAUCGAAAACGUGAAGGCCAAGAUCCAAGAUAAAGAGGGCAUCCCCCCUGACCAGCAGAGGCUCAUCUUUGCAGGCAAGCAGCUGGAAGAUGGCCGCACUCUUUCUGAUUACAACAUCCAGAAAGAGUCAACUCUCCACCUGGUUCUCUGUCUGAGGGGUGGCUGUUAAUUCUUCAGUCUUGAAUUCAUAGUGCCCAGUGAUGGCAUUACUCUGCACUCUAGCCAUUUGCCCCAAUUUAAGUUUAGAAAUUACCAGUUUCAGUAACCGCUGAAUCACUGGUUUUCUCAAUAGCUGUUCAAAAUGUUAAUAAAAGUUUUGUUGCAUGGUA